UCUGCCGUGCACAACAUUAUAUGGACGAAUAUUCUGUGGACAACAUGAACAACACAACACCUGUACAGUUCGAAGAAGAAAAAGUGUGUUUCAAGGUGGACAUUUUCCCCUUGUUCGUGUUUGCUUUCGUGGUCAAUUUCCUCGCCCUCAUCGCUGUGUUCAAGGCAAAACCAAGAAUUUCAACGCCAACCUCAGCCAAGCAAAUUCACCUGCUCAUCUGUUGUCUCGCUGUUUCGGACACUGCAUCACUGGGUUUGCAAUGUGUGAUGCCUGUAGCUUCGUUCAUAAACUGUGGCUGGUGGGGAGGUCGUAUUACUUGCGGCAUUUUUGGUUACGUCAACGCCAUUUUCAUUUUAUGGUCAGCCUGGAUCGUAUCACUUUUAAGCUUUCAGAGAUUUUUUGCGACUGCAUUUCCAUUCCAACAUCAACGCAAUUUCACGAUGAAGAGAAUUAAAACUGCCGUGGUCUUUAUUUUCUUUAUGCUUUGCUUUUUCUUCACGCCGCCAUUUUUUGGCGUAGGUGCGUUUGUCUAUUACGACACAGGCCAAUUUUGCAGCUUGAGUUUGACACCAACUGGAAAAUCAGACACGAUUUUUCUUGGAAUACUCGUCACGCAGGGUGUUACUUGCGUGUUUGCGGUCCUUGUUUUCAAUAUACACGUUGUAGAAUCGUUAAAAACAAGGAGGACGCCAUUUCACGGGAGCACUAGGCGCGCAAUGGAGGACACAACAGCCACUUUCGUGUCAUUGACAAAAGCUGUGGCCUUCGUGUUCUGUCUGUGCAAUAUCCCCCUUUUGAUACGAAUAGCGGUAGACUUAUUUAAACAGACUUCUCAUGAAGACCUCGGCUUGGAACACACCCUAACAAUGGCCUUGAUGUUCUUAAACACUUUGGCAAAUCCCUUUAUCUACGUCGCCUGCAGAAGACGCUACAGACGGAGCCUACUGAGACUUUUUUGUUUUGGUCAGCGGAAGGGCAUAACUCGAGUGUACUUCUAUGAGGGCACAGGGACAUCAAAACCUGUCCACACUUUGAGAUGUCAAGGAGAGACUACAGUUUUUUAACAAAUAAAACUUAAGAACCCUCUCCUUCUUAAAAAUAACAAGUCAGGGCAACGAGUGUUCAUCUUUGAAGGCACAAGGACCCCAAAGUUU